AUGGGUAACUAUGCCUUUGGUUAUAAUAAUUGCAAUAAUGAUUUUAACAAUGAUUCCAAAUCGAUUAAGCUUGGAAUUUCUUUCAUACCUUGCAAUUGCAAUAAACAUUCCAAUAAAUGUAAUUUUGAUAAAGACGUGUAUAAAUUGUCUGGCGGAAAAAGUGGCGGCGUCUGCCGAGACUGUAAUCAUAACACUGACGGUAGAUAUUGUAAUUACUGUAAGGAAGGCUAUUACCGAGAUCAAACACAGCCGAUUCAUUCUCGUAAAGCGUGCAAGCCGUGCGCGUGUGACCAAUAUGGAUCUAGAGGAAGGGUUUGUAAUCAAACUACAGGCCAGUGCACUUGCAAGGAAGAAAUUAUUGCCGGUUUAAAUCAAUUUGCUGAUGUAAAAGAAUGCCCAGAAUGUCAUAAUGACAGAAAGAGUUUGACUGUAAAAAGAUAUUGUAAACGAGAUUACGCUGUAAAAGGCAAAGUCUUAUCGAGGAAAAAUUUUAAGGACUGGGCAAAGUUCGAAGUGUCAAUUAGCGAAAUAUAUAAACAAUCACGGGCAAUCAUUAAGAUUGGUCGAACAAUACAAUCAUUCUGGGUUACCUUAAAUCAUGUGAAAUGUAGAUGUCCAAAACUGAGGAUUGGUCGCGAGUACUUAAUAUUAAUGAGAGGUGAAGUAAUGAAAGGAGACGGAAGCUUUAUACUCGACCAUAACUCUUACGUGACCUUGUGGAAUACUAAAGUUGAAACAAAACUAAUACAAACAAUCGACAAAAGUGUUUCGCAAACGUGUGGUAGAUUGUAG